AUGAGGAAAUCAAAGGAAAUGGCAUGCUUAUUUACUGCAAUUUCAUCUAAUAUCUUAACUCGUAUCAUGUCUCUGCAAUCAGCGAAAGAGGCAUGGGAUUAUCUCAAGACUGAGUAUGAAGAAGAUGAAAGGAUUCGAGGGAUGCAAGUGAUGAAUCUGGUACGUGAGUUUAAGAUGCAAAGGAUGAAAGAAAGUGAAACCAUAAAGGAGUACUCUGACAGAUUUCUUAAUUUAGCAAAUCGCAUCAGAUUGUUGGGUUCCACUUCCAAUGAUCCAGGGAUCGUUGAAAAAAUCCUAGUAACGGUACCUGAAAAAUUUGAAGCUACCAUAACAGCCUUAGAAAAUACUAAGGACUUGUCUAAGAUCACACUUGCAGUGCUCUUAAGUGCUUUUCAAGCGCAAGAGCAAUAA